AUGAUGAUGGAGACGAUAUUGAUGUUGAAGAAAUCAAGGAAGAAUCAAGGAAGAAUAAGUUCUGAAAGUGCUGUAAAAAUGUGUGCAGAUAAUUUAUUUUAUGUCAGUCGUGCAAACAUCUUCUCAAUUUACCCAAAGAUACUUCAGAAAAUGGUUAUUAUCGAUGAUAUGGCUUAUAACCCUGAGAAGAUGUCAAUUGCGCUUCCGAGUGACUUCGAGUGGCAACUGAAGUGUUACUUUCGGUUGUUAGAACAACAGAAGAAGCUCAACGCUCUUGACAAUAAAGUGUAA